UGUUCUUUUAAACUUGAAUGUGUAAGUUGCACAGUAAAUCGAACGAGUGAUCCGACAAAUUCUAAACCAACUGGACCGUCUACUCCUCUACUGGGAUAUUGGUUACGAUAAGGACAGUUUAUUUCAAGGAACGACACUGGAACCAGACUGAAAUGUGUUUGCAAAUUUUCAAAAGUGAAAUUAAACGAAUCCUUGAAGAAUGAAAUGCACAGACAUUCUAAGACUGAGUACGUUCCAAGUGAUGUGAAUGAGGCGACGGCAAGUGCGCAACAUUACCGACUGUUAUCUUAACUAAUAAAAAAUCGUAUGCCUUUGGAAUAUUAAACACGACCAAUCUACCUUUUUUGAAGAAAGUUGACCCUGGGACAUUCAAAAUGCUUUUUUGCCACAAACUGGGACGACAAGGAACCCUAACAACUGGAACCGCUCUUGAUGAUCAAACCCUGUUCAUUGCAAAUGUGAUUGGAGACACGAACACCACUUUAUUAAGGCUUCUGGCAAGGUAAUGUUAAGAUAAUGAUGCAACAGUUCUUGCGAAAUGACUGCUACAACGAGCAUGGCGAUAGAUCAUCCAGAUCAUCUAGUCAGUCAGUUGAAUGCAGCAGCUCCGCUUCCUGUAUAAUCAUGUAUAACUUUGAACUACUGGAAUAAUGGGGUGACUGCCGCUACUACUCAGUGAAAAAGCCAUGGAUGUGAACUACUCCACGGUACUCGACAGCCAUUUAUCACAGCGCGAUUCAUCCAAGCGCGUUCUGACCGGCUGCUUCCUUGCGCUCCUCAUUCUGACUACUCUGCUGGGGAACACGCUGGUCUGUGCUGCUGUCACAAAGUUUCGCCACCUACGCUCCAAAGUCACCAACUUCUUUGUUAUCUCACUGGCCAUUUCAGACUUACUGGUGGCCAUCUUGGUGAUGCCAUGGAAGGCAGCUACAGAGAUUGUGGGGUUCUGGCCCUUUGGUGCUUUCUGCAAUGUCUGGGUGGCGUUUGACAUCAUGUGCUCCACUGCCUCCAUUCUGAAUCUGUGCGUCAUCAGCGUGGACCGCUACUGGGCCAUCUCCAGCCCAUUCCGCUACGAACGCAAGAUGACACCCAGGGUGGCAUUCGUCAUGAUCAGUGUGGCGUGGACCCUAUCUGUGCUCAUCUCCUUCAUCCCUGUGCAGCUGAACUGGCACAAAGCACAGAGCACCAGGUACGCGAGGCUAAAUGGUACCCACGGCAAUGCCCCCCCAGACAACUGCGACUCCAGCCUCAACCGCACAUAUGCCAUCUCCUCCUCGCUCAUCAGCUUCUACAUCCCCGUGGCCAUCAUGCUGGUCACCUACACCCGCAUCUACCGCAUUGCCCAGAAGCAGAUCCGAAGAAUCUCUGCCCUAGAGAGGGCGGCCGAGAGCGCCAAGAACCGGCAUAGCAGCAUGGGCAACGGCGGCGGCAUGGAGUCAGAGAGCUCCUUCAAGAUGUCUUUCAAGCGUGAGACCAAAGUGCUGAAGACCCUCUCGGUCAUCAUGGGCGUGUUCGUGUGCUGCUGGUUGCCUUUCUUCGUGCUCAACUGCAUGGUGCCGUUCUGCGAGGUGAGUGCCGGUGCUGACUUCCCCUGCAUCAGCCCCACCACCUUCGACGUCUUCGUGUGGUUCGGCUGGGCCAACUCCUCGCUCAACCCCAUCAUCUACGCCUUCAACGCAGACUUCCGCAAGGCCUUCUCCAUCCUGCUGGGCUGCAGCCAGCUGUGCCCCGGCGCCGACACCAUCGAGAUCGUGAGCAUCAACAACAAUGCCACCUCUGAGGCUGCCUCGCAAUAUCAGGCAAAAGGCCUCAUCCCUGAAGAGGGUGAAAGCAGCAGCUACGCCAUCCCGCACAGUGUCCUGUGCCAGGAUGAGGAGGUGCAGAAGAAGGAUGAGGACUCCGGGAGCAAGACCUUGGAGAAGCUAUCGCCAUCCAUGUCGGGGAACCUGGACAGCGAUGCUGACAUUUCUUUGGAAAAGAUCAACCCCAUCACACAGAACGGGCAGCACAAAUCCUACUGAGCUGAAGGCUAUGGGGUGUACAACCUUGAAUGACAUAAGGGAAUACUCCCAAUCCAGCCAACUUUGAAAGGAAUUUUGGGGAAAACGGAGUUUCCUUCAAAACCUUAAAACAGCAUCUUGACUAAAUAAAAGUGAAGCUCAAAGGAAUGUUCAAAUUGGAGUCAGUUUUUGGACUUUGUAUAGCAAUCUGCAAAACACAGCAUUUGUUAUUGACAGGUUAGUUAUGCAUUCGAUAACUUGAAACGAAGAUGCAUUCGUAUGUGCACACAUUUUACUAUAUUUCAUUUUAGAUGUUUAUACAUAGGCAUGUCUGUAUGGUUGUGGCAGGAACACUAUUCAAUCUACUUACUGUCAACAGAAAUGUACAUAUAAUGUACAUAUAAUGUUUAUCAGUCAGCUCAGUUGACAGGUCUAUAUGCUACUAGUUGUGCUAAUUCUAUUUCAGCAGAUGCAAGUGUACUCAAAUGUUCUUAUCCUGCAGAGGAGCAGGAGCGUCUCUCAGCCACUCCUCUACGUGCAUUUCUCUAGUGCGAGCUGGAGGAAAUGAUGAUUCUGUGCAUUUUGAAUUAGAUAUAUCAACUGAUGUAUCAGUUUUAUGGACGUAGGAUUCACCUCAGCUUUAAAAAGUGUUCUUAGCAUUUUUUAAAAUCUUAGCUCUGUCAUUGGUGCAAGUCUUGUACAAGAAAUCGGACCGGCACAAAUCGCUCGUGGUUCUGCAGGUGGUCCCAAUUUUCCUCUAGUCAGUCAAUGUAAGAAAAUUCAACUAUUUAUGUUCUGGACUCUAUGAAAGCUUGCUGAAUCUCUACUGAAAAUACUUUACUGAAAAACUCUACCAAAAAGCCUUGUUGAAAAUGAGAAGGGUAUUAUCUCACGUUUGAAUCUGUAUGCACUGCUGCAGUUCCCCACAGUGUGGCCGUCCAGUCUCUAUAUACUUAUCUUUCUUAUGCCAUCACAAACUGUUUUGCCAGCUAUAAUAGGCAAAACACCAUUGUUGGUCCAAAUAAAUAUGUUGGUAGGGUAUUUGUAAAAAUUAUUUUAAACAUUUUACAGUACAAUGUGCAAGAAUGUUAAAUGCCAUCAAUACAUAACAGAAUAAUCUGAUCAUUCAUUUCAUGCAGUCUAUCUACCUGGAAUGCAAAUGACUUCUUGUGUAUUUUAUGAAAACUACUGAUACUUCACACUGGAGAAAAAAACAUCCACUUGUGGGGGUGGAAGGUAGGAUGUAAUCAAGUCUAAUCCUUAAUUGGAGCAGAUCUAAGACAUUUCACAAAUCUAUUUUCAUCCACUCCACUCUUAUUUUUAGCUUAUGUUCUGAAGCAAGUAGAUGAGAAAGUUGAAUUCUAAUGAGCUAUGCCCUAAUCUAAACAGUAAUUAGACUCAAUCAGCUCAUUGAAAGCUGGUGCUGUAUAGCAAAUAACCAGCUUCUGUAACCUCAAACAAACAUCUCUGGACUUAUCAGUAAUCACUAUCAGUGAUUUCAGUACACAUUAGUAGGGACCAGGUUACUUUAUACUGAGAUAAAGUAACUAUUUGGUGCCAUAUUAUGUCAGUUAUUUUUAUUGGACUGUAUUGUAUGGUUAUGCAAGUGGUCUAGAUCCAAGCUAAUUCUGGGUCAUAAAAACACAGCCAGAGAUACCUGUUAGCAUACAUCUGUCAAAACUUAAAACAUGCAAAAUUAUAGGUCCAAAACUCAUAUAAUCUUAUGUCUUGUGAAGUUGUGAGUACAUGUUUGUUGAUAUGCCACUUGACAUGCAUCUCUGAGAGCAUUUUUGUUGCUAUUGUACUUAGUCAGUUGAAGCACUUUUCCCUCUUGAAAAUCUUAAACUUAUAACCGACCUUCUGUGCACAGUGCAAAAAUCUUAAAGCACCCCAGAGGCUACUUUCCUUGACACUAUCCUUCUCUUUUUUUGCACAUGUCUGUACAGAUGUUAAAAUGAUUUGUACAUCGUUACUCUUAACAGUCACCUUUUCUGUAGGUCUCAACACUGGGCUGAACUGAGGUGUCACUGAGGGAUA